UGGUUAUCACUCGACCACUGAGAGGAGGCAAUGUGACUAGGAGCAGCUGUCCCACCGUUACAGCCAACCAAAUAUCCAUUGCUAACAAAGAAGAACUGCUGUUGAAGCAAUAUAACCAUGACUUAAAUGAGAAAUCAACAGAGGACAAGCCAGAAACGUCCAGAGUAUAUCUCAAGGUUCUGAAAAUCAUGAGCAGCUCAGUUGAAAUCAACAAUGGACAUUACUGCAUGAGAUUACCUUUGAAAGUGGAUAAUUUCACCAUGACCAACAACCGUCAUGUCGCUGAGCAAAAGGCCCUCUGUCUGGAAAGGACAGGAAGAAGAAGAUGAAAAAAAAAUAACAGGAAUGACAACGGUGGUCCAAGGACAAGAGAAGUUCAUCACAGGAGACAUCGUCAUCGUGGCGGACUCUACUGCUCCUCGCGGAUCCUGGUUGUUGGGAAAGGGGGCACAGACAGGGAGUCACAGUGAAGACGUCUAUACAUGGGAGUCACCGGUGCACAGCCAAAACUUCUCAUGCGAAUGUAUACCCAACAGAUGUCACAGAUAUGGAGGUUGUUUCUGCUCUGCUCACUCAUUAGUGCCUCAUAUGCGGCUGAGGUCUGUUUUGAUGGGCUGGACUGCUUUGAUGACCUCUCCCUGGGGGGGCACUGCUCAGAGGCCAGCCUCUGUCCUGCCCUGGCACCCUGAGGACAUUGGUACUCGCUUCCUCCUCUUCACCCAGCAGAACCGCCACUACCAGGAGAUCAAACCUGAUCAAAGCAUCCAGGCAUCAAGCUACAGCAGGAUGAGAAAAACUCGAUUCAUCAUUCCUGGUUAUUUGGAAAAAGGAGAUGAGGACUGGCCACAGGACAUGUGUAAGGUCAUGCUGAAGUGGGAGAAUGUGAAUUGCAUUGCUGUGGAGUGGAAGAAAGGUGUGAAGACUCAGUAUGCCCAGGCUGCCAAUAACGCCAGGGUUGUGGCUGCCCAGGUGGCAUCCAUGAUCAAAUUCCUCAUGGGCAAGUACAGGCAGAAGGCUGAUGAGUUCCAUAUUAUUGGACACAGCCUGGGUGCUCACGCUGCAGGAGACACUGGUAGCAGGAUCCCUGGCCUUGCACGUAUCACAGGACUGGACCCAGCCGAACCUUACUUCCAGGACGCUGAUACCUCUGUACGUCUAGACACCAGCGAUGCCACCUUUGUAGAUGUCAUUCACACUGAUGGGCUUCCUUUCGUCUCCAAACUUGGUCUGGGGAUGUCACAUCCCGUGGGCCAUAUUGACUUCUAUCCCAACGGAGGAGAGUUGAUGCCUGGCUGCUCCACUAACAGAGGCAAGCCCACUGACCUGGAUGCCAUCUGGGAGGGUACCAAGAAGUUUGAUGCCUGCAACCAUGUUCGAGCAUACCAGUACUACAGCGAGAGCAUGGUUAAAUCCCAAGGCUUUGUAGGCUUCCCCUGUUCUGACAAAGGCAGUUUUGAUGCUGGAAAGUGUUUCCCAUGUGCACAUGACAAAUGUCCUCUGAUGGGCCACGAUGCUGACAGGUUCAAUGUGACGGAUGGUGUUUCAAAGAUGAAGUAUUUCCUCAACACAGGUGGAUCAGAGCCCUUUGGCCGAUACAGUUACAGAAUUACAGUUACCCUGGAUGGUCCCAGCUUGCCCAACCUAGGCUUCCUGUAUGUGGCACUCAUUGGAGACAAUGACAACACCGAAGAGUACCAGCUUCAUCUGGGUGCACUGAUGCCCGGAUGGAACUAUGAGCUGCUGAUUGAUGCUGAGGUGAACGUGGGUGAUGUGACAGAGGUGAAGUUUCGGUGGAACAACCAUAUCCCCGACCCCUGGAAUCCCAAGUAUGGUGCCUCCAAGGUGGAGCUGCAGAGAGGAAAAGACAAGAGGAUCACCUACUUCUGUGGAACACAGAAGGUGGAGGAGAAUAAGGUCCAGUCUGUACUACCAUGCCAAGUUUAACCAGCCACAAUCCCCAUGUCACUCAGGUCUUUCAAUAAAGAGUUCACAUUCCA